AUGCGAUUAAUUAUAUCAAAAAAAUAUAUAAAAUAACAAUUAAUUAGAAAAAAUUAAAAUAUUUCAUUUUAUAUUAUCAAUAUCUAUCUCAAUUUAAUCAAAAAAGUAUUUUUCUUUUGCUUCUAAGCUCAAUUAUUCCCAAUCUUUUUAAUUAACAACAAUAACUUCCCACAGAAGUAAAUCUUGCAUAAUUUAAAUUUUAUUUUAUAUUUAUAAAAGCAUAUUUCCAUUAUCUUUUUACGGCUCCCUAUUAGAAUAAUGAUGAUCAUUAAUAAUAAGAACUCCUAUUUUCAUCAAUUCUUCAUUAUAUUGAAUAAAAAGGGCACAAUCAAUCACAUUCAAGAAAUCAUCAAUAAAGUUUUCUUUAAUAUAAAAAUCUAUUUUACCUUCUAAAUAAUCCAUUCUUUUUUUCAAAAAAUCUUAUAUUUCUACUUUUAAUCCACUAAAUUAAAUCAAAUCUCUUUUUGUAAAUUCUUCUUUUAAUGAUUCAUUUACAGUAUUCACUUUUUCGAGUAAUUCUUUAAAUAG